GACAACUUUUGCGUAAUUUUUAUUGAAUGCCAUUUUAAGAAAUAUAUUAAAUUAAAUGAUGCUUUCAAUAAACAUAAAACGUGCGUUGCGUGCCUUAACAACUAAUUGUGUGCGUCAUUUAAGCAAUCAACCCCCUCCCACGCUAGGAAUUGUGAAAGAUGCAGAGCAGCCCUUGGAAUUACCGCCAUAUACUGAUGAACAGCGUACGCAAAUCUUGGACGCCAUCAACAAAAACAGUGCCGAGCAGCUGCUAAGCUACGACAUAACAAAGUCGCGAGUCAUCAAACUGCAAACGUGGAAAGCUCGUAAUGGGCCAAUGUCUGAGCUAAACGAUAUACUUUAUGUGGAGGGAUUUGGAUUAAAAGUGGCUACCAAGUUCUACAAAAGUCUUCUCGAGCCGGUUGCCAAUCGUGAGAUACGCGACAAAACUCAAAAGACUUCUCGCACGGCACCAUUUAUAACACCCACAAUGGAUGAGCAGCAGCGUCAGCAAAUCACCUCCAGUGUCGGAGUACGGAUAGGUGUCACCAGUGUUAGUUGGGCACGUUUGGAGCUACCAGAAAACACAUGUGCUCCUUGUGUGCUCAGUCACUGGCAGCAUCACGAGAUAAACGACAAGAAACUGCAUCUGGUCGAGCUGGUGCGCCGCUGUAUCUAUGUGGCACAUCAAAUCCCCCAGGCAGACUGCUAUAUUCUGGAGAAUCCACAAAUGGCACAGGCCAGCAGCAAUCCCGGCAGCAUUGAUCAACAGAAUGUGAACAUUCAAAGGGCCCAAGUCACCGCAAUCCUUAGCUAUGCCUUGAUGGCCCGAACGAGUCCUAACGAGACCACAACAAAUCUGUUCUAUCUGCGUCGGUUUCUUACAGCUCGUCUGUUUAAUCAUCUUGUGGGCACAGAACGCGUCUCAUCCGAGGACACAAUUCUGGACAUGAUGCGCACACACUACAACAUGGAGGAACAGCCGGAGCAUGGAGAGAAAUUAUAUUUGUGUAACCAAGUGCAAUUUCCUUCAAGUCUACGUGGUAUGUACUCCAAGGUGGAACGCUAUCAACGGGAGCUUCUCGGUCAGGCAUUCCUCCUCAAUUUGGCCUUUGUGCGUCUCGUGCUGCUUCAGGAUCCUUCUAGCAUAGCCAGCGUGUCGCGCAGCUCCAAAAAACUACCCAUUGAUCAGGAAUAAGCACACAUGUUAUAGUCCAUAGUAUAGAAAUAAAUGUUUUAUUUUAAA